AUGGUUUCUGUGCCCACAACAGGUGGUUACUACGAUCCGGCGUACUAUCAAUCGCAACCACCGCAGCCUGGUGGUUACUACGAUCCGGUGUACUAUCAAUCGCAACCACCGCAACCUGGUGGUUACUACGAUCCGGUGUACUAUCAAUCGCAACCACUGCAGCCUGUUGGUUACUCCGAUACGUUGUACUAUCAAUCGCAACCACCGCUCUGGGGACCACAUCCUGCUAAUCCUUCUUACCAGAUUUACUCUCAAGAGCAGCGUGAAGAAGAGGAUUCAGCUUGUGGUCCACUCAUUGAUGGUGUUGCCAUGAGAGCUCUUUACCCUCCCCGACCAACAAACAAGAACAUUUUGAAAAACGGAGGAUUUGAAGAAGAGGAUUCAGCUUGUGGUCCACUCAUUGAUGGUGUUGCCAUGAGAGCUCUUUACCCUCCCCGACCAACAAACAAGAACAUUUUGAAAAACGGAGGAUUUGAAGAAGGUCCACUAGUACUACCAGGCUCGACCACGAGAGUAUUGAUCCCACCGUUUAUAGAAGACGAUCACUCUCCUUUACCCGGUUGGAUGGUGGAGUCUCUCAAAGCCGUCAAGUACGUAGACACAGAACACUUCUCAAUCCCGCAAGGUCGCCGAGCCAUUGAGCUAGUGGUGGGCAAAGAGAGCGCCAUCGCUCAAGUGGCUAGGACCAUCAUUGGGAAGACUUACGUCCUUUCGUUUGCCGUUGGAGACGCCAACAACGCUUGCAAAGGAUCAAUGGUGGUUGAGGCUUUUGCGGGAAGAGAUACGCUUAAGGUACCUUACGAGUCUCGUGGCACUGGAGGGUUUAAAAGAGCUUCUAUCAGGUUCGUGGCGGUUUCGACAAGAACUAAAGUUAUGUUUUACAGCACUUUCUAUGCCAUGAGGAGCGAUGAUUUCUCCUCUUUGUGUGGACCUGUGAUUGACGAUGUCAAGCUUUUAAGCGUUCGUAAGCGGUAGAUGAAUGGAAUCUUACUACAAGAAAUGAAACUAUGUGGGUUCUACUUUGAUAA